CUAGUGCUAUUAUUAAACUAGAAUACUCCAAGAAAAGAUUGUCAGAAGAAAAAGAAAAAAAAAAAAACUGGUUCUUUGAAUUGAAAACAAUACUCUACAAACAAUCCCUUGAAUUAUUUGUAUUUUUCUGAGCCUCCCACCAUAUUAACAAUAAUCUGAGAUCUCAUUCUGACACUAAUCUAUCAAGAUUUUCUCUCUGCCAACAAAAUUCCAAGAAAGAGUUUCUUUUCUUUUUGUUAUCCAAUCUGCGAUCCAGGAACAAACUCUGUCACCAUCAAACUUGUAUGGGUUUUUCCAGCUAAGGCUGUUGUUGAAAGUUGGCACAAAAGCUAUGGAAGGCCCCCAGGUUCAAGAGACAGAUUUUGAAGAGUAAAUUCUGCCCAUACCCUUUUGGUUUCCUUCAAUUUGUAUCUUGCAUAUUAAUGGUGUCUAGCCCUUGUACGGCUGUUGGGUAUAACACUUUUGCUAUGCUUAAUCUGGAGUUGAGGUCGGGAUCGAUGAUGAACAUGUUGUCUGCUGGCUGUUUUGGAUGAUAUCUGUCUGUGUAUUUAUAUGUUUAGGGUUUAUUAAUUUGUUGUGAUUCUUUGUUAGAUAGAUCAAUUGGACAUGUAGGUUUUAUAUGUGUAUUAUUGUAAGUGUUGUGUUGUUGUAUCAAGGAGUAGUUGAAUAGAGUAAAUGAUGGUGAAGCCUUGUUGGAGACCAUGUGUUGAGGGAGAUGGGAGUGGGAGUAGGGAUGAUCCAGAUGGUAGGGCUAAUGGGCUGUGGUGGUAUAAGGAUCUUGGCCAACAUGUUAGUGGAGACUUCUCAAUGGCUGUGAUUCAAGCCAACAAUUUGUUGGAGGAUCAGAGCCAGCUUGAAUCAGGGCCACUGAGUUUGCUUGACUCGGGGCCUUGUGGUACCUUUGUCGGAGUUUAUGAUGGGCAUGGAGGGCCGGAGACCUCCCGCUUUGUCAACCAGACCUUGUUCACCAAUCUAAAGAGAUUUGCCUCCGAGAGUGAGGAGGUAUCUGCAGAUGUAAUUAGAAGGGCUUUCUUGGCAACGGAAGAGGAGUUUCUGUGUCUAGUAAGGCAGCAAUGGUCUACAAAUCCUCAAAUGGCUUCAGUGGGGACAUGCUGUUUGGUAGGGGUGAUAUGCAACGGGGUCCUUCAUGUCGCCAAUGCUGGAGACUCGCGAGCUGUCUUAGGCAGGGCAGAUAAGAGUGGUAGAGGAGUAACCGCUGUUCAAUUAUCCACGGAGCACAAUGCUAGCUUUGAAUCAGUUAGAAACGAGCUACGGACCUUGCAUCCUGAUGAUCCACAUAUUGUAGUUUCAAAGCACAAAGUGUGGCGUGUGAAGGGCAUCAUCCAGGUGUCAAGAUCCAUCGGCGACGCCUAUCUUAAGAGGUGGGAGUUCAACAGAGAACCACUCUUGGACAAAUUCAGGCUGCCUCGACGGUUCAGCAAGCCAAUCCUCAGCGCAGAACCUUCGGUGCUCAUACACAGGCUCAACCCUGAGGAUCAAUUUCUCAUCUUCGCGUCAGAUGGUUUGUGGGAGCACUUGAGCAACCAAGAGGCGGUAGAUAUUGUCGCCAGCAAUCCCCGUAAUGGCAUAGCUAGGCGACUGGUUGAAUGCGCUCUUCGAAAAGCAGCCAAGAAGAGAGAGAUGCGCUAUGCAGACUUGAAGAAAAUCGAACGAGGCGUGAGGAGGCAUUUCCACGAUGAUAUAACGGUUGUCGUCAUUUUUAUAGAUCGUCAACCAUCUAUUGCUCGAUCAACUCCUGUUGUUUCCAUACGAGGGGGUGCUCGCCUUCCCAGCCGUGCAAAUUCUUAAUGUACCUGCCUCUUUAUCUUUCGUUUUGAAAAGAUAAAAUGAAAGAAGGAAUAUAUUGUUUUAUUGAAUCUCAGAUGACUAGCUCAUUUGGGAAUUGGGAUAUUAA